AUGGCUUCUGAUACACGUAUCUUUGAUGGCCUUCCUGCUGAGUAUCAGCAGGUUAUGAGCCCAAGUGGCAAUGCUGCGCAGGAGGUUGAUCCAGCUCAACAGGAACGUUUGCCGACUGGUGUUUCGCCCGAGGCAAGAAGGACCCCUGCAGAUGAGUCGGCAUACGCACGUGAUCGGCGCGGAUCCUCGUCCUGUUCAAGCUUUGCUGGUGGGAGUGGUGGUGAUAGUGCCGGAACGCACGAUGGUGUGCGUGGAACAGCGAGUGAUGGUCGUACGGAUAAAAGGGCGCCUGGAAUAGCUGGUGGCUCGGUGCGAUCUGAACGUGAUGCACAGACAGGAGGAAGAGUGCCAUCAACAGUGCAAGACUCGUUUUUGUCACCGGUGUCGCAAGCAGAUGUACGUGACCCUGCGUUGUUUCCUCAUGGUGGUGCAACGCAACAGACCGCGACAUCAGGGCUUUUAUUGCCUUCUCCGUUUCCUUCGCCUACCUCACAAACAGUGGUGGCAGCAGAGACUCCUUCUGGACUUAACUUGGUGCAACAUGGAGCUGCAGCUAUGAAGUGGGUGGCUAAGCUUGGGGAGUUUGUUCAACGACGGGCAGCUUAUGUGACGCAGUCUAGACUUGGAGAACACACUACAGUGAUGCAAGAACAAACUGUAUGGUCACCUACAGCUUCCCGGAAUGUUGCCCAGGGUGAAACGGAACCGCUGUUCGAUCGGAGCCAGGUGAGACGCCUACAGGAGCUUACAGCUGGAGCGCCGCAUCUUUAUGGUGCUGUGCAGUGGGAGGUGGGUCAGAGUCUUCGGCGUCUUAUACCAAGGACCAGUUGGAGCAGGAGGUUCGCAGGCAAGUGGAGCAAGCCAUGGAUAGACAAAAAGGGGUUUUCGAAGAGAACCAACGUUUGCGGAUGGAGCUCGAGAAGCUCCGAAGAGAGUCGUCGACGACAGGUCAAAGAAGCCUGGGUGAUCGACCUAGUGAUCCUCUUGGAAGUCGGGGAGAUGCUGGAAAGCGAGAUGGACGAAAUCAAGGAGGUUUCGAAGGCAACCCAGCAGGACUUUCUGGACAUGACCGUGAGCAAGGGGGUCUUGUUGUUCAGCGUGCGCAUGAUAAUGAAUCCGGGGGAAAUCUUGGAGGUCAAGAUGAAGUUCGCGACAAUGUGCCUGAAGGAAUUCCUGGUGUACUUCGUGGACAUGGCGGAGGUGGGGGAGAAGAACGUCCUUCCUACCUUCGAGGGGUGCUUCCGGGCAAUCCACCAGGAGUACCUGUUCGAGAUCGGCUUGGUCAAGGAGCCUUUUACUGGUGGUUUCAAUCCGUGUGUGCAGGGCAUCGUCGGUGGUACAGCUGCACAAGGCGAUGGUCCCGGGGGUGCUGGAGGGCGAAUUCCUUUGGGAGAAACAGAGUCUCCUAAGAAUGCUAUGGAGGCGCUGUCACAAGGGAUUGCGCAGUUACAAUCUGCUAUGGCUAUGCAAAUGGGCCUCAGUGCUGCGAAACCCGAAGCUAUUCGUCCGGGCACAUCGGGAGCGGAGCUCCCGAAACUACAAGAAGCAGACGAGAUGGCUGCUAUAGUGGGCGAUUGGUUACAUGGCCUAAGCGGUCCUAUGUGUGACUUAACAGGCGGCAGCGCUGAGUGGUGGUCACAACUGGCUUCUGCUUUAGAUGCAUAUUACCAGGACUGCGUGAAUUCCUCUGCUGGCAAAAGGCUGCAACUGCGUGCAGAUGAUUAUGCUGGGCCUCUACUACGUGAACCUCGGUGGCUACGUGUAGAUAAGCGGGCUGCGUCAAUGGUUUUACAAGCUAUCCCAGACUCCAUCCGAACAGAGAUCCUGGCGAACAGGUUGCAGAGCACUUUGUCAAUACUGGCGAGGAUACUGACGAUCUAUAGGCCAGGUUCGGCCGUUGAGAGACAACAAGUGCUGAAAGCCCUGGAAACGCCAGGCUCGUCGAGCACGGCCAUGGAGCUGGUGGAAGCGCUUCGGCGGUGGGCAAGGCGGCUCAAACGAACGCAAGAUCUGUCGUUGCAGGUGCCGGAUCCCUCGAUCCUUUUGAGAGGGUUAGAUCAAGCAUCCCGUUCCUUGCUGGAGAAGCAUAGCGAGGUCGCCUUUAGGACGAAUAUGCUACGCUACAGUUUGGAACUAGACUCGGCACCAACGUUACUGUCGGCGCAGAAGCUGCAGUCCCACUUGUUGGCGGAGUUCGAGCAGAUCGCUUACCGUGGCAGGGGAAAAGCUGGGACAACGAACACUCCUGUGGUGAAGGCAAUGGGAACUGGGGCGCUGGAUCAAGGUGCUGGUGGCUCUCCAAAGGGGCCUACGCUGGGUGCCAACGCAGUGGAUGCAAGUUUCUACAUGACUGGGCCAAUAUCCAAAAAGAAGAACGAGGUGAACGAUGCAAGCGCUGUGGAGGGCAAGGGUGGACAACCUCGACUGCGACCUCUAGGCAAGGGGAGCGAGGGCAAGCGUGAUGAUGCGACAGUUCCUUCGGCUACGAGUGCACCUACCGCUAUGGCAACCUCCACAGGAACCUCGUCGGCGGGAACCUCGGCCUCUACAUCUAUGGAUUCUACGGUUGGAGCUGCUGGCAAUGCUGAGGGGGCGUCUUCGGUGAGAGAUGUGGAUGACUUCCUGAAGAAUGCCACUCAGGUCCUGAAAAUGAUGGCAGAGCAGCACACCUCGUCAAGUCAAGGCCAGAUGUUGAAGAAGGUUAUAAAGGACUAUGCGUCGUCUACGGAGUGGGUCAAAGCCGAUGAAGUGGAUGUGGUGGUGGCCGGUGACGGUGUUAAACCAAUGCGGCAGAGCAAUGCGGGAACCUUGCUGAUGGAGCCGGAGGCGAAGGGUGCUCAGACGAUUCUGCCUCUGAGAAGCUUGGUUAGUGAGUUGGUGUGGACCCGGAAAAAUGUAUUCUACUGGCGCCAGACGGAAAGGAGCCUUCAGCAGUACGUUGUUUCGGGGCGCGUUGAGGAUGGCUUCAGGGCUAUGGCGUCGGCACCAUUGGCCACUGAGGAGUUGCACGGCGAGAUGGCGAAGAUCAUUACGGACCUCCCGACAACAGAGCAGCAGGCUUGGGAGCUCAUGCAACAGCUCGGCCUCCAGGAUGCGCAAGCGGUGGAGAAUGAUGGCACAGCGGUGUUGGAUAUUGACACACAGAUAGCGGCGGUGCUAGGUGGACUUCGGCGACACAAUGCGCUGGAGCACACAUUGAGGACUGUGGUCUUGUAUGAGGUGGCCCGUGCUGGGAGAUCUCAUGUUUGUUCGGAAGCAGAUGUGCCGUUGGAUGGUGUUGGGUUUUCUCUGUGGUCGUCAUCGGAGUCGGAAGAGGAUGAGUCGUCGUUGGCAUGGGUCUUCAAGUGGUUUCGGAGAUGGAUUGCUGAGAAUCGCCUGGAUGUGUGCCACUUUGAGCAAGGAGGAGACUGGUUCGUGGUCGUCGUGGGCGCCCAUGCAGUGGACCGCCAGGCAUGGGAGCGACACCUGGCAAAUGAUCACGUGCCUUACAGACCAGACUGUUUGCAGUGUAUUUACAAUGCAACGGGGAGGCCGCACCGGAAAUCUUUGCAUCGGGGCUGCUAUGUGUUGGGUGCGGGUAUGUUGGGUCCAGUUCGUGUUCCUGGGGUGAAGGGCGAGAAGUAUGCAGUGGUGUUUACAUACCAGUUUCCGAAACAGAAGCUUGUUCCAGAGGACCAACCUAUACCGGAUGAGCAGUUAGAUGGAUGGUCUUUGGGCGCCAAGGUUGGGGAGGCUUCCCAGGAUGAGGAUAUUGAAGAGGAUGUCGUUGGCUCAGAUGGGUAUGUGUCAGAGCGGGGACAAGAGAGUGAUGUUGAUGUUGAAGACGCAAGUGGCCCUCAGCCCAUCUCGAAGGCAGCCAAGAAGAAGGAGGUUUCGGAUGAUUGGUGGGAGUUUCGGGAGUCAGCUGGAGUUCUUAUACGUCACCAUGUAACUCCACGUACAACCCUGUUUCGUCUUACGGUGUGGAAUGGUUGUCCGAUUUCUCCAAGCAUGUUGGACUAUACCCGGGUGACGGAGGUGAAGUAUGUGAGCGGCGGGGUUGAGGACGAGGAGGAGCUCAAGAAGGAUGAAGAGACUUGGGAAAAGAUCAUCGGCGACCUCACAAAGCCGGUGGAGAUGGAUACUAUCUACCUCGUGUAUCCUGUUCGUGCCCGACGAGGUGGAGACAUUAUGUUGGCAGCGCAAGAAGCUGUUUUGAGGCUGAAGCUUUGGGGUCUACCAGUGGCAAGGCUCCACUCAGACCGUGGCUCCGAGUUCGCCUCGCACGGGGCUGAGGAAGUGGCUGUUGGAUCACGACAUUUAUCACACCCGAUCGGAAGCUUUGGUGCCCCCAACAAACGGUGCGGCAGAGCGAGGUGUACUCUGAAGUAUUGGACGUUGGCCAUGCAACAUGCAGCGAACCGACGAGUAUAUGAAAGAUUGGGUUUGUCGUCACCGCGUUUGCUUCAGUUUGCUUCCAAGGUGAUGAUCAGACGAAAGGUCUUUGGCAAGAACAAGAAGUACGACCUCACGGAUCGCUGGGAGGAGGGCAUCUACCUUGGGUUGUCGGACAGCAUAAAGGGGGGCGCCAUCGUGCUUCGGCCAAGUGGUGCGCCGACCGAGACACUGAACCUCAAGGCGAAUGUUGUGGAUCCACAUGUUUUACUGGCUGAACGCGAACCGGAUGAUGGUCGUGGCGUGGGUCGUGUAGAACCGGGUGAGGUACCAGUUGUUGAGAUGCCAGAACCGAGCUACCGGAUGUCAGGUAAACAGCCGCCGCCGGCAUUGAUGAAGCUCUAUCGUGACAUGGGAUUGUUCAAGGUCAAGUCUGGUUGGACCAUGAAGUCUCGAGUACAACAACAAGAAGAACAAGCUCGCUAUUUCUGCGGCUUGGGCAAGUUUGAUGUGGAGACGUGCGCGGAAGUGCUACGUGAUGUUCAUCUUGGUGGUGGUCCCAAAAGAAAGACAAGGGGAAAGCAGACUGCAGCCUUGAUUCUUGGGGGAUACGUUCAUGGAGGUACGAGGGCCUCUACAGCGAUCACCUCGAAAAGGCCUUGGCUUACGAAGUAUUUGAACAUGGUGUCGAAAACAAGGACGCGGGAAACUACGUUGAGGGAACCCAGCUGGACAACCUUGGGGGUGUUCAGGGCAGGGAAAUUCCAUCUCAUCGUGAUCUCCGUAAUAAGCUGGGCAUGCCAAACUUUGCCAUGGAAGUCUGGAGGGCUUUGGUUAUCAGAUGCUCACGAGGUGAAUGAGCACGAUGGGACCAAGGGCAACGACCUACAGCGAGAACUACCUGAUGGAUCUUUGGCAGAGGGACGUGUUGUCGACAUCAAGAACAAGGUUGCUGUGUUUGACCCGAAGAAACUUCACUCGUAUAUCGAGGGCAAGGAUGGAGAGCGUCGGAUUUUGGCUGGGUUUACUCCUCUUGGUGUGGAAGCUAUACCGCUUCAGUCAGCAGCGUUCAUGAGCAGAUGUGGUUUUCCUCUUGAGAACACUGGGGUGGAUGUCUAUGAUGUUUUGGAUGAUGAGUUCGAGGAGGCCAACAAGGAUGGUUCGGAUCUGGACACCGACGGUGACAGCACUGAAGAGGAGGAUGUCGAGCAGCAGGCACGGGUUCUCAGGUGUGAAAUUGAGGAGGAGUCCAAGAAGUUGGCGGUCGAGGACCAGGAGUCGAACUAUGUGCGGAGGCCGCAAGAGGCGUUUGAGAAGUGUGCCAAAGAGCUUGGGCGCAUUCAGCUCAAGCAGCUCAGGCAGGUGUUGAAGAUUUGUCCUGAGGAGGCUAUGGGCGUGGAAGUCGAGGAGCUUCUGCGCGCUCUUACGGGCGCAGUGACCCUUUUGAACUCGGAGCAGACCAGGGAGCUCAAGAAGGCUGGCCAGAAUGUCUACGCGUCGGGUACAUCGGCCGAUACACUACGUAUUGCAGUUGCUCUAGCAGUGAAGAUGGGCUGGUGUAUUGCCAGUACAGAUGUGGCCAACGCAUUUACGCUGGCGCCUAUGCCAAAGGAUUUGACGUAUGGUUUGACUCCUCCGACCAUUGUCAUCUUGGCUGGAGCAGCGUCUCCAGGUGAAACCUGGCAGAUAACCAGGGUCCUCUAUGGCCCACGCGAGGCAGCCCGGCUUUGGGGUGACUUUCGCAAUGCUCGGUUGGCUGGAGCAAGAAUCGAGUACGAGGAUGUCGUCAUCGAGCUGACGGCCACCACUACGGACGAGAACUUGUGGAGGAUUACCUUUAGUGGUGACGAUACAGUACAAGGAUUGGUGCUGGCCUACGUGGACGACUUCAUGAUUUGUGCAGCCCGUGGUGUGGUGGAUGCAGACUGGAAGUGCACCGAGCUAGAAUGGGUCGAAGGAGGCCACGGCAGAGGUAUUAUGGUUGUCGACAAGGAGUUGGCGCACGCGGUGGGAUGUAUGGCCUCGCAUGCUCUGAAGAGACCGUUGAGAUCUCUGGAAAUAAGCAAAAGGGUCCUGAAGUACCUGGCGCGCACGGUCGAGUACGGCACCUUGUCUCAGGAGGUGGAUGAUGAGGCAUUGCCUUUGGAUGGAUCCGUGGAGUUCUAUGCCGUGCUCAUCAGCGUGGUGGUGGCGGCUGUGGGCCUGUGGGAGUUUUGUGAAGAAGAUUUUACGUCCGCUACGCUUGUGGUGGAGUUCACGAACUAG